CGUUUCGCUACUCACAUACCUGGUGCCCCGCUUGUGCAGCCGCCGGGCCGGAGAACCGAGAAAUCCUUGGGACAUGCCCAGCAACACAGGCUGAAGUUACCGCCCUUCACCCUGCCCUUGCUUGGCAUAAGAUCGUGCGGUGCUUGAAAAGGGAGGGUGGGGGAAGCAAACCGGAGGAGAGAGGUGGAGGAGUAUUACGUUAUAAAGGAAAAUGUCUUUUUUUUCAAAAAUAUUAUUGCAACCAGAAGUUGAAGAGUACCUUGGGAAUGUAUUUAGAAAUAAGGAGCUCAUAAGUGCUUUAGGCACAUUGGAAGCACAGCGAAAAUAUAAAUCGCUGUUAAAUUGUCUGUCUCAUCCUCCAUCUUUCACAACUGUUAGAGUUAACACUCAUUUGGCGUCAGUGGAAGAAAUAAAAAAUCUGCUGCUUGAAGAAAUCCACAAGCAGUUUAAAGGUCUUACUGUUCCAGUUUUUCAGCACCCAGAUCUCCAGGAUAUAUUACUUAUUCCUGUCAUUGGACCCAGGCAGGAUCUACAAAAGCUAUCAGCUGAAGUCAUUGUUGGACCUCAGUGUGGGAAUGCUGUGCUACGAGGAGCACAUGUUUUUGUUCCAGGAAUCAUAUCUGCUUCAAAAUUUAUGAAAGCUGGAGAUGCGGUGUCUGUAUACUCCGAUAUAGAAGGGAAGUGUAAAAGAGGAGCCAAAGAAUUUCUGGGAACCAAAGUUUUUAUUGGCAAUGGGAUUUCUGAAUUGAGUCGCAAUGAAAUCUUCAGUUCAAGUGGCUCAUUGAAAGGAGUAGGUGUAAGAAUGACAGAUCCGGUCUACCUUUGUCCUUCGUUGGAUAAUGUGCUGUCCAAUUAUUUAUUUCUGCAGAACUUGCCCUCUGCUGUGGUAAGCCAUGUUUUAAACCCUCAGCCAGGAGAGAGAAUUCUGGACAUGUGUGCUGCACCUGGGGGGAAAACAACCCAUCUUGCAACACUAAUGCACGACCAGGGUGAUGUGAUAGCCAUGGACAAAAUAGCUAACAAAGUAAAAAAAAUCAAGGAAAAUGCAGCAUUGUUGCAGCUGAAUUGCAUUAAGGCAUUUUGCUGUGAUGGAACUAAGGCACUUGCCAUUGGGAAGACCGAGGAUGGACAAGAAGGCCCUCCGUUCUCAGCAGAGUCAUUUGAUCGAAUUCUUCUUGAUGUUCCUUGUAGUGGGAUGGGACAGAGACCAAAUAUGGCCUAUUCCUGUACUCUGAAAGAAGUGACAUCAUAUCAGCCAUUGCAACGCAAGCUUUUCAGCACGGCAGUGAAAUUGCUGAAGCCAGGAGGCAUUUUAGUGUAUAGUACAUGUACAAUUACACUGUCUGAAAAUGAGGAGCAAGUCGCCUGGGCCCUGGAAACUUUUCCGUGCCUGCAGCUUCAGUCACAGGAACCAUGUAUUGGAGGAGAAGGCAUGAUGGGAGCUGGAUUGUCACAUGAUCAGCUAAAGCUGCUGCAGAGAUUUGAUCCAUCCAGUGUGACUUCACAUGGAAUGGAUAUUAAUUCCUUGCAGGAUUCUAGGGAAGAAGACCUGAUCUUGCUGGCAAAUAAAGACUGCAUAGGAUUUUUUAUUGCAAAAUUUAUUAAAUUGAACAGCAAAUAGGCAUUUAACAACACAAUCUGGAAAAAACAGCUGUUUAAAUUAAGAAUGAUCCACCUGUUAACUAUUUCUUCUUGUGCAUUGUUAUCAAGUCAACAGGCUGAUGACAUGCUUUGGAUUCAGUGAAAUCUCCCAGCUGCUCCACUGGAAUAGAGCCACAGAUUGGCGCAAGAAAGUCAUAGUUGCAGGAGCUGUUGAUUCAUUUUUUAAGUCUCUCUUUAGUUUUUGUAUCCGUGGCAGAUGGAAAAGUAAAUGGAUUCAGAUUUCUGCUUGUUGACUUGAUAUGAAUAGUAUUGCAGGUUACAAUUACUGUUUGUUCUCGUGUUUUCACUUGUUGAUUUAAUGUGUACAGCUCUGCAGAGGGACAGGUAUAGCUAUGGGAAUUUAAAUUGUGUAAAAUGCAAAACCCCCCAGAUUAAAUUAAUUGAAAAAGAUAGUCAAAUUUUGCAAAGAAUAAUUUUUCUGGGGGGUUUACAAAUAACUUCAUCACUGAAUAGGGACAUAAAAUAGUCACAUCUCACAAAGAGCUCUUUUAUAAGUUAAUAACAUCCCAUAUUCUCUGACAUGUGCACACACACUCACUCUCUCUCUCUCUCUCCAACUAGGUUUUGUAACAUGUCAAACUUGCCAUAUGUAAGUCUGGAUCAGUUCAGAAACAGCAAUACUGGAUUGAUUGACCUGUGAUAGUUAUAAAGUCUAAUAUCACUUGCAACAUGAGGGCUGCAGUUUAAUCAUCUAUGCAUUUGGAAUGGUGAAAAUCUAAGCUUUUUCAUGGCACAGAGCACCACAUUCCUGUUGCUACCUCAAUGAUUAUGUGAUAUCCAGUUGUAGAAUUCAGAGAAUCGUGGAAGUGUAGGGUUGGAAUGGAACUCGGUCAUCAAGCACAGGUCCCUGCACUGAGACAGGACCAAUUAAACCUAGAUCAGCGGUCACCAACCAGUAGAUCAGUGACUGUUAGUAGAUCUUAGAGC